AUUGGAAUCAGUGCUGGAGCAUUUUCGAGAAGUGAAGCCGUUAUACGAUAUCACACCAUUGACGAUGUCUACAAUCGAUUCUUGACUGCUGUUCAUUCUCUUAUCGAUCGCUAUGUGCCAAUGAGAAGAAUGAUACACCCUUUUGAUAAGUACCCGCAGCACAUCAAAAAUCUUUUUCACCAGAGAGAAAGAUUGUUCAGUACACUUGAAGACCCCCUAUUGUCUGACAGGUAUAACAGAGUCAACAGAGAUUUCACGUUCCACCUCAAACGUUAUCUUGCCUCCAAAGAAAGGAAACUUUCUGAGUGCCGUAAUAUGAAGAAUCUAUUUUCAUAUGCAAGGAAAAAGAAAUCUUUUUGUUUAUAUGAUUCCGAUGGUCGUGUUCUUACCACUGAUUCUGAGAAAGCCAACGUCUUGGCAGAUUAUUUCGCUAGUGUGUUCUCAUCCACAGAAACUUUACUUGGCAGUACGCCCAUUUUAGUCAAUUCUGAGUGCCUUUCGCCGAUUAUCGAUCCCAACCUCGUUUAUAAAUAUUUACGCCAAAUCAAAAGUUCAUGCUCUUUGCCCUCGGACAAGGUUCCCGCCAUCUUUUUCAAAACGUUCGCCAAGAAGCUUGCCGUCCCACUGUGUCAUAUUUUUAAUAUAUCUCUUCUGAUGGGCGAAGUCCCUACUCAUUGGAAACAAUCGGUGGUUACAGCUAUUCCUAAGAAGCCUUCCGCUUCUACGCCUGAUGAGUUUAGACCUAUCAGUAUUACACCGACACCGUGUAAAGUUAUGGAGAGAAUUUUGAAAUCAUGCCUGCUAGACUGGCUCGUCAAACAUGACCUCGUCCCUCAUGAGCAGUUUGGUUUCAUUAAAAACUCGUCUACAUGCUUGCAACUUCUUGAAUGUACCCACAUGUGGGUGGAUGCUCUCAAUUCAUCGAAAGAAUGUCAGUGUCAUGCGUUUGACACGGUGAACCACGUUAGGCUCUUGGAAAAAAUGCAUAGUCUCGGCAUUAGAGGAGCCUUAUUUAACUGGCUCAAGUCCUAUCUUUCUGAUCGUAACUUUGUCGUGAAUGUGUAUGCCUUUGCUGAUGACGUCAAAGCCUUUACUAGCUUUGACAGUGGCCAGUUCGCUAUUAUGCCAACUUUGAUGAAUGACGUUCUGUCCCGUAUGUCCUCAUGGACUCAUGAAUGGGGUCUUAAGCUCAACUUUGCAAAAACUUGUGUGCUUACUCUGGGUAAAAGACUGCCUCAUUUUGCUAUUGAGGGAUUACCUCCAUCUAGUAUAGUCAGUCAGGCUCGUGAUCUGGGGAUAACUGUAUCGAGUCGAUGA